AUGGCUGGGCUGCAAAGGUCGGUGACGACGUUCCGGAGAUCAGGAUCGUCGGGGGUGGUGUGGGACGAGAGGUUCUUCUCGGGGGACCUGAGUCGGAUGAGGAAGGAGGAAGCCGCCGCGGAGUUCAGCGAGCUGAGGCACUCGAAAAGCAUGGCAUCAUCGAUCAGAAGGACGACGGCGCGCAGCGGCAGCACCGGUGGCCGGCACGCCUUCCGCGCAAGCUUCGUCUCGCCGGGCAUCGACCCGCCAUCGCCUCGCUUCAUUUGCUGCGGGUUCCUCGGGACGAGCAGGUCGGCCCAGCGGCCGAAGCCGAGAAGGCGCUGA